CAAAAACUCUUGCUUAAUAAUAUUAUAUUGCUGGUGAAUGACAACGCGCAAGCGGGUUUGUUGCUCUUUUUUUUUUCAUGCUGUUGGCAAGCCCCGCUCCUCGCGCUUCGCUUCUCACCCGUCGCUCAUCUUUCCCCUUCCAGAAUGGCAGAUGGGAUGGAUCCACUCUUCCGGAACCCCUCAGACCAUGUCGGAGUCGAACAGCCACUGCACAAUGAUUUCCUACAUCACACCUCUCCCAAAAUCCGCUCCAAUGAAAUACUUUCCAGACCCCAUUUGUUUUUAUUUGAAUAUGUUUUCCUUCGAUGCGGCUAUAUAUUUUUUGCCAAGAUCAAUGGCACACGGCAGCCGUACACAACAUUAGAUGCCGCUUGGAGUGACGUGAAGGUAUAUUGCUUUCGGGAACGGCUAUACUACAACACUAU